AUGAGCAGCAUCUCAUCGCUAAUGCUUGCCACCGCUUUAUUGGUGGUCGUGGCGGUGUAUGUAUGGAAGGAGUUUAGAGACAAGGGAGACAGAGAUCAGCAAGGGGUUGGCGUGUCUGGUGGAGAGCAUUCGCUCUGCCCCUGUUGCUGCCGCCCUGCGGUUGGACAGGGAGUAGGGAAGGAGCAGGAGGGGCAGAAGAGUGUGGGGAAGGAGCAGGAGGCGCAGCAGAGUGUGGGGAAGGAGCAGGAGGGGCAGCAGAGUGUGGGGAAGGAGCAGGAGGGGCAGAAGAGUGUGGGGAAGGAGCAGGAGGGCCAGAAGAGUGUGGGGAAGGAGCAGGAGGGGCAGAAGAGUGUGGGGAAGGAGCAGGAGGGGCAGCAGAGUGUGGGGAAGGAGCAGGAGGGGCAGCAGAGUGUGGGGAAGGAGCAGGAGGGGCAGAAGAGUGUGGGGAAGGAGCAGGAGGGGCAGAAGAGUGUGGGGAAGGAGCAGGAGGGGCAGAAGAGUGUGGGGAAGGAGCAGGAGGGGCAGAAGAGUGUGGGAAAGGAGCAGGAGGGGCAGCAGAGUGUGGGGAAGGAGCAGGAGGGGCAGCAGAGUGUGGGGAAGGAGCAAGAGGGGCAGCAGGGAGUAGGGAAGGAGCAGGAGGUGCAGGGGCAGGAGAAGCAACACGACCUGGAGUUGUAG